GUCAAACAACUACUGAAGUGAAAGAAAGCAAGUGUCAAUGGAGGUCAUGCAUUGCAUUUUAGUGCAUUUUAUUAAUUGAUAAAUCGUUAAAACCGUAAUAAUUGACAAAAAGUCUAAUGAUUUAUGAAACUGUAAUGUGCAUAAUUGUACAGGGUUUUCAGCAGAAUACGUAGUAAUGGCAGAUCAGUUUUGUUUACGUUGGAACAACUUCCAAACAAACAUUGUGAGUGCUUUGGACUCGUUGAAAUGUUCGGAGGAUUUGGUGGACGUUACACUCACUUGCGAAGGCAGAAACAUCAAGGCCCACAAAGUCAUACUGUCCGCGUGCAGUCCGUACUUCAGGAAUGUGUUCAAGGAGAAUCCGUGCCAGCACCCGGUCAUAAUUCUAAAAGAUGUCUCAGCGGACGACAUUGUUAGUCUGCUCUCAUACAUGUACCAAGGAGAGGUGUUCAUAGAGGAGAGCAAACUGUCUUCUUUCCUACACACAGCAGCUCUGCUCCAAGUAAAAGGCUUGACUGGAGUUACUCAGCAGAAAGAAAACUUCACUUGUCCCAAUCCAACAAACAAGUUGUACACUCAGCUAACAAUAUCUUCCAAGUCUAACCUUGCCGGAGCCAAGGAAGCCAAACUUCCAGCUUUGAAGAAAAGACGCAGCAGCACUUCGGACAAACCCAAUGAUGUGACUAUUGGAGACGGACACAAAAAAAGCAAAAUCCUAGAAACUUGUGAUAUUUAUAAUAGGACUAAUAUCUCCCAACUGACAAAGUCAGAUACGUCUGUAUUCGUACCUGAAAAUAACAUUGAAAAGAAAAAUGACAGUAAAAAUGAUCAUUCAUCUGCAACAACUAAUGGAAAGUCUUCAACAUUGACUCAGAUUAAUUCUCAAGGAGAGAACAUUCCGCUGGUAAUAAAAACGGAACGCAUGGAUGAUGACAGCUCAAGGACACCUCCACAAAAUGCGAACUUUGAAAAUGAUGAAAGUCUUCCAGAUUACGAAAACAGCAUGCUUGCCAGGUCUUUGCUUCAAGGUAUAAAUCCGUCUAAAACUGAUAUCACAACUAACAGUACAUCAAAGAAAGUUGUAAAUGUGGAUAUUCAUACACCCAGACCAAAAGACAUUAACACAGAUUCAAUAAGCUUCACAAAUGCUGCCUCUAAAAGUCCGUUAAAAUCCGUCACAUCUGAAGAAUUAUUAGUGAAACCAGAAAAACAGUCGCCUAAAUCGGACAUAGAUUAUGAACCUGAAGUAUUGUUGUCAGAACAUCAAGAUGGGACCGAAGAAAAUGCAUAUUCUCAAGAGCAAUCUCAAGCUUUAUUAUUACUGGCGGGCAUGUCCAACGUCCCAACGUUGGGAGGUGGUGCUUCGACGUCACAAGGUGUGUCACAUCAGCAAUCAAAUCACGCGGCUAUUUGUGGAGAUUGUCCUCAUUGUGGAAUGAAAUACUCCAACCAAUCCGCACUAAAAUACCAUGUCAGAUUAAUGCACUCAGACUUGACAAACAGACUGUGUUGCUAUCUCUGUCCAAGGUCGUUCACUAUGCGCGAGACCUUCAAGGAGCACAUGUGGACGAGUCAUGGUCAAAGGAACUAAUAUUAUUUGUUCAUAUUAAGAUGUGCCUUAAGAUUUAUAUUUUCAAAGGUGGCUGUUGCGGUGGUAAAAAAUGUGCCUUGUAGGAAAAUGCCUAUAAAACAUUGUUUAUUGAGUAGGCAGGUAUUAAAUAUCUUGAAUGUUUGAGUAGAGAUACAUGAACAUUAUUAGCAGAUUGUGUUAUGUUAUUGUAUUUUUGAAUCAAUAUGAUGAAAUCAAGUUUUAUUUUUCUUUCUUAUUUUAUAAUUUAUUUUUAAAGUUUCAUCUGCUAUUGGAUAUGUUAAUUUUUUUAAAUGUUAAAGAGGAUUUUUAUACAUGAUCUUGGCAUUGAAUGCAGUGGAUUUUUAAUGUUAAUGUGGUGCAAGCAAGUUGUUUGAAUUUGAAACAACAUGAAUAUUUGUAGGAAUAGGAAUAACUACUAAGUUAUCAGACGGUGCUAAAGAAGGAAUAAUUGUGACUGUUAAAUUGAUAUUAGUAUAUCUUUGGUAGAUGUUUGUAAACGAAAUGCAUUAAGAAUAUUAUUAUGCAUCUUAGUUUCAAUUUUGGAAAGUAAUGUA